AUGGCUGGUGAUCCGCUACCUUCGGGUGGCAUCGCCAUCAUUGUGGUGAAUACGGUUUUCCUCGUCCUCGCCUUCGUAGCGGUCAUUGCCCGCUUUUAUGCCCGGUACCUUCAGCGGAAGCAGAUCGCCACCGAUGACUACCUCAUUGUCGCGGGCCUGUUCUUUACUGUUGCAACUGUCGGCAUUGGUUAUUCGCUUGUCCUCGAUGGCGGUGCUGGGCGUCACAUGGAAGAUGCCACGCCAGAACAGAUAGCCAUGGCGCUGAAGCUUUUUGUUCCUGCCCCGCUCUUAUGGGCAAUCGCAACCACAUUCGUCAAGCUCUCCAUUUUGUUCUUCUACAUCAGCAUUUUCACAAUGCCAAGAUUACGCAGCGCUGUCUACGUCGUCAUUGCCGUUUCAGUUGCCCUUGUAGUCGUCGUCAUCUUGGAAUCGUUCUUGUUAUGUCGGCCGUUCGAAUAUACCUGGAACAGAACAAUCCCUGGCGUUUGCGGUGACACACAAAAGGCUUACCUCUCCGUCGCCAUUGUCAACCUGGCUAUCGAUCUAAGCAUCGUAGCUCUGCCAAUGCCGGUCCUCUGGAGCCUGAAAAUGGCCAAGAAGAAGAAGAUGGCCAUCAGCGCCAUUCUGUGCCUUGGUUUGUGCAUCUGCGCCAUUACCGCUGCUCGCAUCCAGUCUGUCCUCAACCUAGACCCAAUGGACUUUACCUACACCGUGGUUGAAGACACUAUUUUUGGAGGUUUGGAGCUUGAACUAGGUAUCAUCAAUGCUUGCUUGCCUAUAUUACGACCUUUGUUCAGCAAGGCUUUCGGAUCAAACUCCGCCUUGGCCAGUAUAUGGACCAGGAAGACAGAGAAUGACAGUACAGACAAGAGCAAGACGAACUGGAGCAGCCAAAAGGAGUCGAAGAGGUUCCACCGCUUGAAUGAUGACACCUACCCGCUUACUGAUUUGACGACGACGACCAUCUACGCUAACAAUGACGUGGAAAGCCAAGUUGAGCAAGGUCGUGAUGUUAUGAUCAAGAAGGAUGUUCAUGUAUACACGACCAAUAGUCAUCCAAUGGGUCGUUGA